AAAUUGUCAAGGGAAGUGUAACCGUGUUUCGGUAAUAUUUCGACAGUUUCCUUGGAGAAAAUAUCACUUUUAUAAGGGAUUUGCUUCAAUUAACAUGUGAUAGUGUUGGAAGGGGGCUAUGGUUUCGGAAAUUGUCGCGUGGAAGCUCUGAAGAAAGUUUGAAAAUUAUGGCGGCACAACAGAAGCGCUCAUGGAAACUUCAGGAGUUUGUAGCUCAUGGGUCAAAUGUGUCAUGUUUGUCUCUGGGCCCAACUUCUGGACGUGUCAUGGUGACAGGAGGAGAGGAUCGCAAAGUCAACAUGUGGGCUGUAGGAAAGCCAAAUGUAAUCCUGACUCUGUCAGGCCACACAAGUCCUGUAGAAUACGUCCAGUUUAACAGUGGGGAGGAUCUUGUUAUCGCAGGAUCCCAGUCAGGAACACUGAAGAUUUGGGAUUUAGAAGCUGCCAAGAUUGUCAGAACCCUGACUGGUCACAAGAGUAGUAUACGUGGUAUAGAUUUUCACCCCUAUGGUGAAUUUGUAGCAUCAGGUUCUUUAGACACAAAUGUAAAGCUUUGGGAUGUCAGACGAAAAGGUUGUAUAGUCACAUUAAAGGGCCACACUGAUGGAAUUAAUUUUGUGAGAUUUAGUCCAGAUGGCCGAUGGAUUAUAUCAGCAUCUGAUGACAACACUGUUAAGUUGUGGGACUUGACAAGUGGAAAACUCCUUCAUGAUUUUAAGCAGCACACUGCUGCUGUUAAUUGUGUUGAGUUUCAUCCAAAGGAAUUCCUGUUAGCAACUGCCAGUAAUGACAGGACAGUAAAAUUCUGGGACUUGGAGACCUUUCAGCUGGUGUCUACUAUAGAUCCAGAAACUAGCGGCAUUAGAUGUGUAGCAUUCCACCCUGAUGGACAUUCAUUAUUCAGUGGAGCACAAGAUUCCAUGAGGGUGUAUGGUUGGGAGCCAGUUAGAUGUUAUGACAGCUUUUCUCUUGGAUGGGGAAAGGUUGCUGAUAUUGCAGUUUCAUCCAACCAACUUAUUGGAGCAUCAUAUCAUCAGACCAAUGUAUCUGUGUGGGUUGUUGAUUUAGAGCAUUUAGAAAACCUUAUAGCAAAGUAUAAUGAUGAGACAGCUGAUGUAGGAAAUAAUGUAAUGGAAGGAGCACCAGGGGAACAGAAACCAGCUAAAGUUGUACCAUCUACCAAAACACCACCUAGAAAAGCAUUUAGCACAGAGAGACCUCAAACAACAUCUUCAAAACCCAGACCUAAAGCUGAACAGCCAGCUGUGCCAGAAGAGCCUUCCAGCAAAGAGGAAGAAAAAAAUGACAACAAGAACUUGGCAGCUCCUGAUGACAUAUUUUCAGCCAAGAAGAAACUUGAUCGUACACCUCCACGACAAAAACAUGAACCAUUUCAGCCUCCCCUAGAAGAUCCUCUAUCACACGGUCAUUCCAAACAAGUCCCAGUAGUUAAGCCAUCUGCUGUUGUCCCUGAUCCAGUCAAACCAUCCAAGCCCACUUCAGUAAAUGAAAAUCCACAGCACCAACAAAUGAUACCCUCAGAGAGAGACAAACCAGCUGGACUGCAAUUGUCUGACUUUCUUCCAUCCAGAGCUCCUGCAGUUAAUGACCCUUCACAAAACAAUGGCAAUUUUGAUCAACAUAAAUUUCUGCCAAAGAAUCCAGCCAUGUCAGAGAAAGACGCCAUCUCUGCACUGUCAAAAAGUCAUGACUCCAUAGCAACAAUUAUGACAGCAAGACUCAAGAAUCUGAGUGUUGUUGCGAGACACUGGGGGGAUGGUGAAAUAAAGACUGCGGUACAAGUUUCAGUAGAUAUGAAUGAUCAAGCUAUCUUAGUGGACCUGCUCAAUGUUCUCUGUUUAAAACAGACAUUAUGGAAUCUAGAUGUUUGUUCAUUGCUGCUUCCUCACCUCAAGGACCUGAUAAGUAGCAAGUAUGAAAGCUAUGUCCAAGCUGGUGCAAUGGCAAUUAAACUUAUUCUGCGAAACUUUGCUCCAGUUAUUAAAAGCAACAUGGCAGCACCACCGGUGUCUGUAGGAGUUGACCUAGUCAGAGAAGAAAGGUAUAACAAGUGUCACAAGUGCUAUUCACAUUUGCAGUCCGUUCGUGAAGCUCUGUCUAGUAAAACCAACAUUUCUGGAAAAAUGGGAAGUCUCUUCCGUGAGAUGUCGCUAGCAUUUUCCAGCUUGGAUUAAUAGUAAGCAAGUAAGCUAUUCUGGAGAAGAUAUGAUGCACACAGGGAUUACCAUGACUUGUGGAAUGUCCACUGCCGCAGUGUAAAUUAUUUUCAUUAAAAAAAAUGACAACAAGAGUCUGAGCUGCCUUUGUGUAAGCUAGGGGUGAAUUAUUUUGAAAAAUGGCAGAUCAGAUUUCAUACAAAGUAAAAUGGAAGGACAAACAUCAGUGAAAAUCAGAUUAAGAGGUACUGAGGGAUAUCUGAUGUGACUCAUGCGAGCUGGUAAUACUGUAGAAAGAUCUCACUGAGUUGGAACAUUGCACUUGAUUGUGCUUUUGAAGUCAGUAUGUUAAUUGGAGAAAAAGCAAACAAGUGAAAGUAACCUCAUGUUUAAGAGACAAGAAAGAAAUCAUACCAUCUAAAAGAGUUUUUGUAACUCAGGUGUAGAGUGAUCAGCAAAGGUUACAGGUGUUUUUGAUUGGUACAGUUUUAUCAUUAUGAUAGAAAAUGGUGUGAGUUCAGAUAAGAUAAGAGGUUGGCUUAUAAGAUCACUUGAUAACUUUCCAAGUACAGUUUUAUCAUAGAGAGUGGUGUGAGUUCAGAUCAGAGGUUGGCUCCUAAGAUCACUUGCCAAUUCCACCAUAUCUUAAGUUGUGAUGUUCUCAAACUCACCUGAUCUACUGAUUACCAAGCUAAGCAAUGUCAGGGAGUUGCAAUUAUUUAAAUGGAAUUGGGGAGCUUGAGUAUUAUAAUAAUUUAUUAUGUUGUGUUUGAGCUUGGGGAUAAGCCUUCUUUCCUUUCAAUCAGCACUGGACAAAAGGCUUUCUCUCCAGCAGGUUGUAGUUUUCUACUUUUGUUUUGUUGUGAAAAUUAACUGUUAAUUUACUAGUAAGAAUUAUUUCAGUCUUAUUGGUAUUUAAGUUUAGAUAAAGAGUACAAAUAUUACUUUUGAGGACAUAUUUACUUAAAUUUUGUAAAUGAAAACAAAUCAGCACUUUUCAAAGUGAAAAGUCAGUAUUGUGAAUGGAUGGUAAAUAGAAACGUGUUCCACCAUUCAAAGAAGCCCUUUUAAGAGGGAGGGGAGGGUGGUGAGACUCCCAUCUCUCAUAUUCUCCUGUCCUCCCCAGGACUUUUGCUCCCUCAGCCACCUUUCAUCUAAGGUCCAUUUCUUCCAGACACGUCCACUCCCAUAUGGUUUAAAAAUUAAACAACAAGAUCAAAAAGCUCAACUAUACAAAGGAAAUUGUCAGUCCAUUUCAGAGUCCAAUGCUCUUUUCAGUCGUAAACUGACAGCAUGCUACUCCUGGGUCAAUCUUGCAAGUCAAAGCCUUUUCCCUUUUCAAGUCAACUGUUUAAAUAUCUCUCACCACAAUGUUCACACAUUUUAUGCAAAAUUAAAGUGGACAUAAGUAAUGAUUCUUCUUGUGUCCUUGCAUUAUUGUUUGCUGAAUAUUGCUUACAAGUUAGUCUGUACAUAAUGGCUGUCCUUCAAAUCGUACUUAGAAUGUCAACUCAAGUAUGUGUAGUGUGAAUAUGAACUUAUAUGCAUGUGUUUGUAACUUGAUUUCAAGUGACAAAUGGUAACAUUAAAUAAAGUAUGUUUAUAGAAAUCUCA